AUGUCUUCUACCGAGAAAGGCGUGCCCCUGGACUCCCAGGUCGAGUCCAUCAGUGCUGCUCCCAGUCAUGGAAUCCAAAACGCAGCCGGAAAGGGCCAGGUCGCGACGGACAAGUAUGGUCAUCCCCUUGUCGAGUUCGACCCGGUAGCGGUCCGUAAGCUUCGCUGGAAGCUCGAUCUGCACACCAUCCCCACCGUCGCGUUGCUGUAUCUCUUCUGCUUCAUCGACCGAGCCAACAUCGGAAACGCCAGAAUCGCCGGCCUCGACAAGGACCUCGGCCUCAAGGGCUACGACUACAACAUUGUCCUCUCCGUCUUCUACAUCUCCUACAUUAUCUUUGAGAUCCCCGCCACCGUCGCCUGCAAGUGGAUGGGCCCGGGUUGGUUCCUGCCAAUCACCUCGCUCCUCUUCGGCAUCGUAUCCAUCGCCACGGCCUUUGCCCACAACCGCGCUGCCAUCUGCGGCAUUCGCUUUCUGCUCGGCAUAUUCGAGGCCGGCAUGCUUCCCGGCAUUGCCUACUACCUCUCCCGGUGGUAUCAGCGUGCCGAGUUGACAUUCCGCCUGUCGCUGUAUAUGGUCAUGGCGCCCCUGGCCGGCGCCUUUGGCGGCCUGCUGGCCUCCGCCAUCCUCACCCUUGACCACUUCGGCGGCCUCCACCAAUGGCGCAUGAUCUUCGCCAUCGAGGGCAUCGUCACCAUUAUCCUCUCCCUCAUCUCCUUCUUCACCCUCACUGACCGCCCCGAGACAGCGCGGUGGCUGACCCAGGAGGAGAAGGACCUCUGCAUCGCCCGUGUCAAGUCGGAGCGCGUGGGCGCCACCGAGGUCAUUGACAAGAUCGACACGGCCAAGCUGAAGCGCGGCAUGUUCAACCCCGUCACCUUCCAGAUCGCCGUCAUCUUUUUGUUCAACAACAUCACCGUCCAGGGCCUCGCCUUCUUCCUCCCCACCAUCGUCUCCAGCAUCUACCCGACCUACUCGACCGUCCAGAAGCAGCUGCACAGCGUGCCCCCCUACGCCGUCGGCGCCUUCUUCACCCUCGCAUUCCCCGGCCUGAGCUGGUACCUCGACCGGCGCCAGGUGCUCAUCGCCCUGAGCGCUCCCAUGGUCAUGUGCGGCUACAUCAUGUUCCUCGCCUCCAAGGUGGCCCAGGUCCGCUACGGCGCGACCUUCCUGAUCGCCAGCUCCGCAAUGGUCUUGGGCCCCAUGUCCAACGCCCACAUCAGCGCCAACGUCGUCAGCGACACGGCGCGCAGCAGCGCCAUCGGCAUGAACGUCAUGUUCGGCAACAUCGGCGGCCUCAUCUCAACGUGGAGCUUCAUCAGCACGGACGCGCCCGACUACCCCAUCGGCAACGGCCUCAACCUCGCGGCCUCGAGCAUGAUCCUCAUCAUGGCCACAGCCGCCUGGCUGUGGAUGAAGUGGGACAACAAACGCCGCGACGAGCGGAGCAUCGAAGAGGAACUGGCAGGCAUGCCGGAGGAGCAGAUCCGGGACCUGGACUGGAAGCACCCCGCUUUCCGCUGGAGAACUUGA